AUGACAACGAACGGCAGACAUCUUGUUCGAGAUGACCCUUCAAUCAACCCAAAUGCUCUUCACGACUUUCACAAGGUCCGUCGUGGUCCUAAGAACGUCCCUAAAAUGGUAGUGCACACCACCGACCAGUACAAUCCUCCCAAGGACCCAAGACAUCCAUAUUCGAAGGUUGAGAAUGUUCGUUUCGAAUUAUAUGAGCAAAGGUCUUCAAACGCUCCUUUUGGGUAUGAACAUUUUGUGUCACUGCCGCCUGCUUACGACAGCAAAGCCAAGGGAAAGAAAUGGCCUGUAAUCCUCUUUCUUCAUGGAGCAGGCGAAUCUCAAAUGGGCAAGAAUGAAUCUUUUGCAUCCAUUAGACAUGGAAUACCCAAAGUCAUCCUCUGCUACGACAAAUUUAGAUCAGACCCUUCGAACACGGCACCCACCAUAUCAAUACCUCUGGCUCCGAGAUUGAGACAGAGCAGACAAACAAAACAAGGCGAUAAAUCUGUUCAACCUGUUCCAGCAGAGGUCUGCACAUUGGUGGCUGAGGGUUUCAUCACUGUCACGCCAUCGUUGAACAUGGAGUGGGGAUAUGGUUGGAAUGCGCCAAUAUUGUCAGCGCUCCUGGACGAUAUCGUAGACCGAUAUCACGUCGAUCUCGAUCGCAUUCACGUCACUGGUUUCAGCAUGGGUGGAUACGGAACAUGGGAACUGGCACUGCAUUCACCUAAUAGAUUCGCUAGUCUUGCGCCCAUCUGUGGUGGAGGAGACCGGCUUCGGGCGAGUCACAUCAAGCAUAUCCCGCAAUGGGUCCACCAUGGCGAUUUGGAUGAUAUUAUACCUGUGCGUGCUUCUCAACAGAUGGUUGAGGCUUUGACAAAAGCCGGCGCCGCCGACAUCAAUUUCACAAGAUAUGCCGACUUGAUGCAUGACAGCUGGACAGCAGCAUACAACAACCCUGAACUUUAUGCUUGGAUGCUGUCUCAAAAACGAGGAUAUAGUGGUGAUGAAAAGAUAGUCUCUGCGGAGAACAAGGUGGUGUUGGCAACAGCACCACCAAUCUGA